AUGGAGUAUGAGAAAGUCCGCUUUGACCGGCUCAACCAGGUCGUGAAAAAGGCCGUGGAGCACACCAUCAAAAAACUGUUGAUGCCCGAACAGGUCUACAAAUGUUUCCCCACCAUAUCCCGCUCUGACACGGGGCCCGACGCGCUUGAAAACGCCCGCAAACAGAUGCAGACGUAUUUUCAUGACACGUGCGUCAAGCAGGUCAAGCACAUCUUCACGGAACGGGACAUCGAGCAGAAACUCAACGAGUUGGACGAGAUCAUCCAGCUGGCACAACAGGCUCGAGAAGGCAACACGCGGAAACAGAUCGAGGUCGAUAGGUUGGCCCCCGAGGAACUCAUCAACGCAGGUUUGGCGGAACUGAAGCCUGAUUCGGAGAAAAAGCUUGCCUUGAUCUAUGACCAGUUGGUCUUGGACAACCAGCGGUUGCAACAGGAACUAAGGGAGUUUGCCGAAGAGAGCCACGAACUAGCAGACGGAGUUGUUCUGCUGGUGGCAGAGCUCCUGGGCGAGGUGGACGAGAUGAUGAGACUGACGUUGAACGAAAACUUGAAGCUGCUCUCCGCGCAGUUUUUCGAUGCUUAUGUAUAG